AGAUGAGAUUUGUGAAGUCGAGAUUAGCUGUAGUGCAGUAGUCAAGGAGCAGGACGUAAACAGUGUUGUGGGACGUUUAAACAGGGAUCUGCCACUGCGGGCUCUGGUUAAGAAAAAGCGCGACUGUUGGGCAGAAUGCAAUAUCUUAUGACGCAGGCGUGGCAGUUGAUAACUUUAGGAUAAAAAUGCCUCACUGAACACAGAAUGUUGGAUAUUGGACAAAAAUGCCUGCCAUAGAAAGUGAGGCAAAAUUAAGGACCAAGGCACGGUUUGAAGAAGUUUUUCAGAGCUACGCUGGAUUACCAGUUACCAAAAACAAGUCUCGCAAGAAGAAGACUGUUCCUGAAGAAAAUAUAGUGCUUGAAUCAUUUCAGAGUCAGCUCGAUCUACUGAAGAAUAGUGCAAAUGAAACAAUCAUAAACACGUACAAUGCAGAGGAAGAGAGUCCAAGGUUCACAAAAAACAGACUAAGGGAGAAGACGCCAGUAGCUGAAAAACAGAGCAAUGUCAGUAAGGAGCAAAAUGAGGUUAAGCUGGAGAAGAAAAAAAAGAAAAAAACAAAGUUGUCAGAGGCAGUAAUUCUCAAUGAAACACUUGAUGAAAGAUUAGACCUUGUACAACAAGUUUCAAACACUGAAGAGCAGAAAGUUAAAACUCGCAAAAAGAAAGAAAAAGAUGUCUGGAAAGACGAGCACGUUGCCAUGGAUUUUAAUGACGAGGACCGCCUUAUUGAGGAAAACCUUGUCCAUAUUUCAGAAAAAGAAACGGAAGAACUUAGAGAAAAGAUAAAAAACAAGCUUAAGACUCGACUCUCUCAACAGACUGCCAUUAAUGAUAAUCAAACUGUGCCAAUGAAUAAUGAAAUUGGGAUCAAAAAAAGGAAAAAAAAGGAAUUGGUAGUUGCAUCUGAACCAGAAUCAAGUGUCAUGUUCAUUUCCGAACAACAUGGAUCACCACCAGUGACCAGCUUGCAGCCACAUCUUCCUGAAAGUUUUGUCAAUGAAAGUGAAAGUUUGGCAACAACUAAAGUGAAAAAGAUUAAGAAAAAGCCAAAAGCAAUGAAAGAAUAUGUCCCAAAAAAUGAUAUAGAAGAUGGCAGCAAAGAAAAAAAUUCAAAGCAUUUGUAUGAUCCCAGCUUGGUAUUAGGAGUCUAUAUCCAUCGUUCAGAUAAACUACUAACUCGCAUCAUGGUUUCUCGUCCCAUUGUCAAGAUUCAUGUGAUUGAUCAAAGGACUGGGGAAUAUGUGAAGAAAGAGAGCAGCAUUAAUGCAGUUUCUUCCUUAAAAGAAUCAGAAAGUGAUAUGUACAUUCUUCCUUUGGAGACACAAGCGUAUGACUUUAAAAGGCUUAAGUCACCCAUUCCUGAAUGGGACGAGCAAAUCAUAAUUAAUGAACGUUUUUUAUAUUUUUUGCAAGAAAAUGAAGACAGUCCUAACAUUAUCCUGUUCUUUGAGAUAAUAGACCUUUGUAAUACAGAUGGCAUUAUUCCUAAUUCAGAAUCACAAAUUAAGGAAAAGGGAUAUAAAAGACUUGCUUGGGCAUUUUUGAAGCUUGUUGGUGCCAAUGAAGUACUCAAUGUGGAUAAAAAACUGCGCCUGCAACUUUAUUAUCCACCUUCACGUGCUCGCCUUGUUUCUAAUUGUCACAUCUAUGAAUGGUGGCUAAAAUAUCCUAGAAACCCUUACCCAUCAACUUUGUAUGUAACGGUGAAAGGCCUAAAGCUGAAGGAAAAUGCAGCACCUACAACUGGUACACUUGGGGCCCUUCAGCAAGAUUUAGGGAGCAGUAUCUUGGAUAAUGAUCUGCAGCAGGAAGCUGAUGGGUUUGGAGAAGGAAACCCAAAGAAGGAGCUUUAUAAGUGGUCACGACUGCCUGGUCAGGCUUGCCGAAUUCCAAACAAACGUAUUUUAUCCCUGCGUGCUGGACAUAUGGGUUGCUUCUCUAUUUGUUUCUCAAAUGAUGGAAGAACCUUAGCAGCAGCCUGUGCAGAUAGAGAUGGUUAUCCAAUAUACCUAUAUGAGAUCCCUUCAGGAAAGUAUCUCGGAGAGCUUCAUGGUCACCUAAAUGUUGUUUAUGAUCUUUGCUGGUCAGGAAAUGAUCAGCAUUUACUCACAGCUUCUUCUGAUGCCACCGUUCGACUGUGGAAAAUCGAGAAUGAAGCUUCAGCUGCCUUAAAAGUAUUGCCCCACCCUUCUUUUGUAUAUACAGCUAAGUUCCACCCAAAGGCUAAUUCUUUUGUUGUUACGGGAUGCUAUGAUGCUGUCAUCAGAGUCUGGAAUGUAAAAGUGAAGGAAAUCAACGGGCAACUUUUACAGGAAUUUGAUGGGCACAAUAAUUUCAUCAAUACACUGUGUUUUGAUGUGGAAGGACUUCAGAUGUACUCUGGGGACAGUUCUGGUUUGAUCAUCAUUUGGGAUACUCACAUCAGUGAGAGGUCUCUUCAAAAUCCUGUGCAGAACUGGAGCAUUUUGAAGAUAAUUAAAGAAGAUUAUAUGAAAGGAAUCCCAGUAAAUCAUCUGCAGCUACAUCCUAAUGGAAGACGCUUACUAAUUCAUUCAAAAGACAGCACGCUUAGGAUUAUGGACCUCCGAAUCUUGGCUGCCACAAAAUAUAUUGGGGCCACAAACUACAGGGAGAAAAUUAGAAGUGCCUUUACCCCAUGUGGAACAUUUGUCUUUGCUGGAAGCGAAGAUGGAAUAGCUUAUGUUUGGAACGCUGAAACAGGGGACCAGGUGGCUAAAUAUUCUGAGCUGUCAUAUACAGCUCCCCUUCGAGAUGUUGCCUUUCACCCUCAUGAACAUAUGGUGGCAUUUUGUGCCUUUGGACAGAACCAGCCAAUACUUGUAUAUAUUUAUGAUUAUAGAGUUGCCCAACUUGAAGCUGAAGCAGUACAAUCAUCUAGCAAUAUUGGUAAUAACUCUGAAAUGUUUGGUCUGCAAGAAUCUACCAUAUCAGCUGCAGAUCGGUUUGCCAGUGCUGCAAGAAUCUCCAUGAGAAUGCUUCAAGUUAAGCAAAAGCUGGAUUCUGUCUUGCCACCACAUUCAAAUAUAAUGGUUCCAGGAGUACAAAGUACUCAGCUGAUAACUCAGACAAGUGCAAGUUCUUUUGGGGGCUUUAGUCCAGUGGGACAGGCACUCAGCCGAACACCAUCAAUCAAGCUGCAAAUGAGUAAUACAGAGGCAAGGAUUUCAUCUCUUAAGAUUGAAGCUGAUAACACCUUACCAUUCCAAGAGACAGUCGUGGCUUUGUACGACUACACAGCACAUCGAUCUGAUGAGCUAACCAUCCAUCGCAGUGACAUUAUCCAUGUGUUGUACAAAGAUAAUGACAAUUGGUGGUUUGGCAGUCUAGCAAAUGGACAACAAGGUUAUUUUCCAGCAAAUUAUGUGGCUUCUGAGAACGAAGAUAAAGAUAAUUUCUUACCUGCAACGGCACAUGGUUAUGAUGAUCGCUAUAUGGAGCAAUAUGACAUUGAUCAGUCUUAUAGUUCUAACAUUAUGUCGGCAGUCUCCAGCACUUCAAAGGAUCUGACAUUUAUGCCACAGAAUGACACAGAUGCAGACUCACCUGUGACACAUGGAUCAAGACAUGACAAGCACCUGUAUCCAGAGUCACCAAACCGUUCAACCAAAAUGACUUCUCUUCAUGCAGAGCCGACUGAAAUGGCACACACUGCCUUGCCUGACUGGGGGCAACUAAGUGAAAAGAUGGUUGUGAAACCCAAAAAGAAAAAAAUAUUAAAACAUAUCCGUACUUCUGGGAAAACAAAUAAUGCCUUUGAGCCAGACCCACAGGAUAAUGUUGGAUAUCCUUUAUAUAAGGGCUCAGGGAAAACAAAGUAGAAUUUUCAAAUUUAGAAAAGAAAAUGUCUUUUUAAAGGGGCACAGUUUUUGUAAUACUACUUUUUAAGACUGUUUAUGGUGAAAAAUAUGACGUGUUUUUGGAACCAGCAGGGAUAUGAACCAUGUCUGAUUACACACAUGAGACAUGCAGUGAGCACUACAUAACCUUUUACAAAGCAAGCAAACAAUUAAUCCUACAUAUGACAGGCCCUCUCCACAGAUUAACCUUAGAAAAAAACAAUGCAAACGACAUAUUCGCUUAUUAAACCUCAAGUGCCUAAAUAUACUACAGGGCAAAUUUUUCAACAUUUUAACUUGACCUUUUAGCGCAAUUUGAGUUUCCCAAACUCAAAUCUUUGAGAUUUAUUUAGCACAGAAAACUCAAAUAUAAAAAUUGGCCAUGUAUAAGUCAAUUGAAGCUAUAGCUUUCAAGAUUAAUGUAAAAUAAUGGGUAAAAUGUGAUUAUACUGUUUUCUUUCACAUUUGUACGUGAGGGAGUUUUUGCAAUUCAAGUUUUUUUUAAUAAGUGCACAAGAUACUUUUUUUAAAUUAACGAAAAACUUGAAAGUACAAAAAAAAGUAUUAUUGAUAAAUCAGCAUCCCUGUGUGCAUUAUUAAAUACCAACACCAGAUAAGCUUAUCUGCCUUUCUGUAUUUGUUGGGUCAGCUUUGUAAAUAUUAUUAAAUUUGAACAUUUGGUAAUUUUUCCUUAGAUCAUGCCAUUUAUGAGUGUGCAGCUUAUCCAAAUAUAGUUAUAUCUAGCGACCCAAAUAUGUAGAGCCUGUGCUUUUUGUAGAGGAAACAAAUGUAAGACAAACCCAUAUGAGAUGAAGACUGUGUUUGUACUAUACAUAUAGCUUUAUUUUUUUUUAUUUUUUUGCAAAGCAUGUUUUUCCUAUUCUGAUUACUCUGUAUGAAAGCCCAGUGGCCAUAUAACCAUGAAUCUAUACUUAGCACUGUUUUGAUUGUUACAUUUGGACAUAAAGAUUUCUAUAGUGACUUCUGGAAUGAAGCUUAUAGUUUUCUUACACGUUUUAAAUGGAUAUUAUAGUCUAUAACCUAAUUAUUUAUUAAAAUGUAGUUGAAUAACUGCAGUGAAUUACCAUACCAGUGCUGUCAACCCUGUAUACAAAGCUAUGAAGGAUUACUUUAAUCAGUGCGUUGUGUUUCUUUAUACUUCUAUUUACACUGUUUCUAGCUUUUUAAUUUUAUGAUUCCUAGCAGAAGUAAAUUAGAACUAUGUGUUAGUCUGGGGUUUAUAAUCAUUGGGUAAAUUUGCACCUGGGCAGUAACCCAUGGCAACCAAUCAGAUGAUUGCUUUCAGUGCUCAACCUGCAGCUAGCUAAAAAAAAAAGCUAGUAACUGAUUGGUUGCUAUAGGUUACUGCCCAGGUGCAAAUUUGCCCACUGUCUGUUUAGCAGGAGCCCUGUGACUAGUAAAAGAAAACCAUCUUUAGUGAAGCAGGAGACUCCUGCCGACACCUGUCUUUACCAGUGCCGUUUUUGAGCCCCUGAACAUGGCAGAUAGAAUGACAAUAGCAAAGUACAGACAAGGAUUAGGCAGAAGUGAAGGCAGCAAUAGGCAAACACAGUGAGAAAACAAAGUCAAGAACAGGCACAAGGUCAAACCAGGAAGCAAAACCUAAGAACAAGGUUCAGGCAAGGCUUAGCCAGCUUGGGCAAUGAAUGAGAGGCAGGAAAACCUUUUUAAAUUCAAAUUUGGUGCCAUGGUGACGUCAGGGCAGGGAACACAAGCUGCAUCAGAGUGUGCAUGCAUCUAGAUUCAUGCUGUGUCAGGGCAUGUGCCAGUGUGCACACAUGCACUCACAGUCCUGGGGUCCACCACAGUAUUUGGUAUGUUUAUAUGUAGCCUAUGACUAAGUGUGUAUAAAACGAAACGCGUAAGGCUAAUGAUGACAUAAUACAUUAUACUUUUACUGAAUUUGACUGCCUGGAGAAGAUUGCCCUCAUUUGAGUGCCUGCUUUACUAGUUUCUGGUUGUAACCGCUCCCCUUUGCUGAAGGCUCGGGGCAGUGCACCUGGGCCUCUUCUAUUACUUUGUGAGUUACUUUUAUAUUGUUGGAUUCUCUUUUCAUUGCAUAUUAUGCUAAUCUUACACUGAUUAACUUCCUAUCUUGGUGCCCAUUUACUCCCUGUAAAUCCUAUUCCAGGAUUACUUAACUUUUUAGUGUCCCCAAAUUUCUAGCCAAGUGACUAUAUUAAAUUUAUUUGAAUGGUCUCAUGGCAUUAUGUAUUAAAAUCCAUAUUUGAUAUUGCCUUUGUAGCUAUGUUCCUAGUUUACUCCUAGCAUUAACUCCUUAAGCAUUAAACAACUCCUGGUAUUACGUUGUGCAUAGAAUGCAUUGAACUACUCUUACAGACCUUGUUGGGACUAAUAUAGUUUUUAAUAGGAUUUUAUAAUUUUGUAAGAUACAUGUGGCAUGUGAGGAGAAACAGCAGGGCUAGUUUAGCUUCCAUGGUCUGUCUGAGCCCAGUGCUAGAUAGUAUAUAUAGUGAAUAAAGUACCCCCUCUUGUAAAAUAUAAGAGGGGUUUUUUUUGCAACUGGGGGUACUUUAUUUAUUAUAAUACACAAGUUUCAGUGAGUCAUGUGACAGAAAUGACAUCAGAACUCACCAUUUAUAAGUGAUGACAUCAGAACUCACCGUUUAUAAGGAUAUAAUUUACAAGAUAUUCAUGGCUUUUGUGUAUUAUAUACAAAUAUAUAUUGAAACGUAUUAAAGAUGAAGAUUAAAACACAUAUAAAUUGCACAGGAAACUAACCACUACCUCACAGCAAAAUAAAAAUUCUGUAACCCAGACCCAACUUGAAACCAUUUCUCUCCUACCAAAAGUUUUUCACCAAAUUCACUGCUGUCAAGAUCUACAUCUUUAUAAAAUAGGAAAUGCAUGUUAUUCGUUAUCCGGAAACCCGUUCCAGAAAGAUCUGAAUUACAGAUAGUCUCCCAUAGACUCCAUAUUAUCAUAUAAAUUCUAAUUUUGAAAAAUGAUUUUCUUUUUCUGUGCAAAAAUAAAACAGUACUUUUUACUUAAUUCAAACUAAGGUAUAAUGAAUCCUUAUUGGAGCCAGGACCAACAUCAGUACCUGGAGAUAUUCAUUUUUUACUAAUCUCACAUAUAUAUUCGUUUUUGUGCACUUUCAUUCGAGUCACUGUGUGAUAUUUUAAAUGAAGGAUGGUUUUUAAAGCCAAUCAAUUACAAAUUGUUUUUUUCCAGUUAAUUUAAGUAAUUUUACCACUUUAAUAAUUUAAUAAUUGUGAUGAUGAAUUGUGAUUUUUUUUUUAAUUGUGUUAUUUAUUACUACAGUUCCUUUUUAACCUUUGUAUGUUAAAAGCACUUUAAAAUAUAUUUUUAACUAUUAAAAGUGUUGUUUCAAAAAUA